GUAAAAGCUUCUAGUCCUGGGGUAUAGAGAUAGGCCAUAAAAGGGGGGCCUGGAAGGUGGCAGUUCUCAAACUCAAAUACGCUUAUUGACUAUUUCUUUGUCUUUUAGCCAUUUCAAGCAUAAAACUUCCAGGAAACACCAAGCCACCACAAACCGACCAUGGCGCAAUCUUGGGAGCAAAACGGAGGGAUCCACGUUGAUCCAGCUAUACUAGCCGUCCUGUCGGACGUCACCGAGAUAAUAGAUGUUACAGAAGUGGCCGAGACCAAAUGGGCCAAGGCUACCCGCCUUCAAGUUCGCCUCUCUAAUGAAACUGAAGAGAGCUACUUUGUCAAGGUCUCUAUCGGAAUGCAUGGAAGGGAAGCAUUGAGGGGCGAGUUCCUCAACACUUCAGAGAUGCACUCUGUCAGUCCGGACUUGUGUCCCAAGCCUAUCGGCUGGGGCACAUUUGAAACCGAUGACAACUCACACUUCUACAUUUGCAAGUACUACGACUUUAACGAGGACCGGCCACCAGUCGAAGAGUUCUGCAGGAUGAUGGCAUAUCUGCACUCCAAAAGCGUGUCCCCGAACGGCAUGUUUGGCUUCCACUGCCCAACGUAUAAUGGGGACGCACCACAGGACAACACUUGGUGUGGGAGCUGGGAGGUAUUCUUCUCCCGGGGCCUUCGCCAUAUUCUGAAUCUAAGGGACGAAAGAGGCAGCCCCGACCCCGAACUCGAUGCCAUGUUGCCCGAGCUAUUCGAUAGAGUGAUCCCAAGGCUCUUGAGGCCUCUCGAGACAGGAGGGAGAAAAAUCAAGCCUUGCCUUGUCCACGGCGACCUAUGGUGCGGAAACGUCAGCGUAGACGACGAUACCGGCAGACCAGUCAUCUACGAUCCCUCGGGAUUCUGGGGCCACCACGAAUAUGAACUCGGCAAUUGGCGUCCCAGUCGCAACAAGUUCACCGAUUACAUCUCGACGUACUACAAGUACAUGGAGCCAUCGGAGCCGGUCGAAGACCUUGACGGGAGGAACUUACUCUACAGCCUAAGAUUUAACGCUCAAGCAUGUACACAUUUCCCCGACGAGGAGCAGUGGAUAAGCAUGAUCAAAGACGAUGUGGCAGAGCUACUCCGUCGAUAUCCUCCGGACUGCUUGCCGCCCGUGGAUGCUGGGGAUGAGCCGCUCAAUAUCCCCCAAUCGGGCGCAACACAAGAUAACAAUAUAAUCUCGGCAUUCUGAGAGGAUCAAGUCUGCCAAGGUUGCCUGGUUGGGGGGCAAUGUUCAAUAACAUCUUGGGGUACAUUGGUGUGCAUGUCAACGCUGUCAUCAGGUUGUGAACAUUUAGUGCAGCAUUGGAUAGAAAUUCAUGUAAUUGUUCUGUGACUCGACGGUAUUUGAUGAAUAUAGAACGUUGGCAUUUUCUCCAUUGAUACCGGGGGAGGGGGGGACCCUUUGGCGAGCAGAACAGUUUUUCCAAUUCUAUUGAAACG